AAUAACCAUGGGAGCAAACUUUACUUUUGUUUUCAUCAUGAAAGAGCAAGACAUAUUAAGCAAUCGGUCGGAAGAACACGUUUUGAACGGCAAGUCAACGGCUUAUCUGCAGGGUCCACUUUGCACGUGCACCUAGGAACACUGCUAUCAUUACAAGCGGCUACUUCCUGUAAGAAUUCGGCUCCCAGUUCCAAGAUUCCAGUUUGGAGCUUCACUCUAGCUCACUUAUUUACAAGCAGAACAUCUGCAGGAGCUUUAUGUGCAUGCUGUUUUGUGUUUUUUAUAUUAUUAGAACCUGAAUAAGAUUUUUAAGAGGUAAAAACUUACCAAAAUUGAAUUCAAAUUUUGGGAAUAUAUAAAGUGUUGUAGAGAUUAGUAUAAAAUAUGUAUAGAUAGAGUGAUGGAAAGGAAAGGAGAGAGUGAACGAGGCAGCUUUUACUUUAUUGGAGAUGGGUGCUUUUGGAUUGUUUUAAUGGGUCUUUCUGUUGACUGUGGAGACAAUAUGAGUGUAUUAUAGGAUCAAUAAAGCAGAACCCAGCUGAGUAAAAGGAAAGCAGAUAUGUGAAAUAAUUCACCCACACAGCAAAGAUCUUACUAGGAGCUUGCAAUCGCAUUCACCAAUCUCAAGUCUGUCCAUCCCUCGAGAUCCUCACCUUUCUGGAAUUAUUAUUUAGACCAUAAUAUGAAUGUGGAAUUUGAGGCUUGGCUUUAAGUAAAUGAAUGGCCAAUCUAAGGACUGUUGGAUUCUCAAAGGUCCACUGUUGAAGCUAGCAUUAAAACCUUAGUAAAUCAUCUUCCCCCUGAAAACUGACAUCAAAACUGCCAGACCCACAUGGUCAUUUUGAUCAAGUUUACCAUUUUUUAAAUAUGGGGGUGCUUAACAGUUGGUAUUUCACUGCUUAUUCAUUUAAAAGCUUAGAAUAGUAUAGAAUAGAAAAUUUCUCAAGCACCUUUUUUUUAAUUUGUAAAAUAAUGCAUGAUUGAAGGAAUUUUUCUUUUCCAAUCAUCUUUUGAUAUCAUCAAGGUUUGGUUAAUGUGGCUUGGCUUUUAUAUAUUCUUUUUCCUCUCUUGUUUCAACCAGUGGCAGGCAUGUUUUAGUUCUCUUUAGCUUUUACUACCAAAACCCUCUGCUUUCUUGACUCUUAGGUCUGACACAAAGCUGCGAGAGAGUGAAUUCAUUGCAAGAGAGACAUGAGAAAUUGUACUGCUUGCCUUUUGAUGUAAACUUUUCUUAAAACAAUACAAACAAAAGAAGCUAAUUUUAGUUUCUAGUUACCUUCGUUUUGAAAUUCAGUUCUAUCGAAAUGAUGAGAGGAAAAGAUGCUAUUUUGUGCUUUGUGGCUCUUUUAAGCUUAUGGACUUCUGCAUGCGGAUUGCUUUCACCCAAAGGAGUUAACUAUGAAGUCCAAGCUUUAAUGGGCAUUAAAGCUCAACUGGUUGAUCCUCAUAAUGUUCUAAGCAAUUGGGAUGAAAACUCUGUUGAUCCAUGCAGCUGGGAUUUGGUUACUUGUUCUGGUGGCUUUGUUACUGGCCUAGGAGCUCCAAGCCAGAACUUUUCUGGCACUCUUGCGCCAAGUAUAGGGAACUUGACAAAUCUCCAGCUUGUGCUCCUACAGAAUAACAACAUAUCAGGAAAUAUGCCUUCUGAGAUAGGGCGGCUCUUAAACCUUCAAACACUUGAUCUUUCAAAUAACAACUUCAUUGGCUCUAUUCCCAGUACUGUAUCCAAUUUGAAAAGCCUACAAUACCUGAGGAUGAACAAUAACAGUCUUUCUGGAACAAUUCCUCCCUCAUUGACAAACAUGUCCCAGCUUGCUUUUCUGGAUCUGUCUUUUAAUAAUUUAAGUGGUCCUGUACCUCACUUCCAUGCGAAAACAUUCAGCAUUGUAGGAAACUCUCAGAUAUGUGCCACUGGAACUGAGCAAGACUGCUUUGGAACUGCACCAAUGCCAAUGUCUAUUGCCUUGAAUAAUACUCAAAACCCGCAACCUUCUAAGAGACCUAAGAGCCAUAAAAUUGCUUUGGCUUUUGGUUCAAGUCUAGGCUGCAUCUGCCUACUAAUUCUUGGAUUCGGAUUUCUUCUCUGGUGGAGGCAAAGGCAUAACCAGCAAAUAUUUUUUGAUGUUAAUGAACAACAUCAUGAAGAAGUUUGCCUAGGAAACUUGAAGAGAUUUCACUUCAAAGAACUUCAGAAUGCCACACACAAUUUCAGCAGCAAGAACCUGGUUGGAAAAGGUGGCUUCGGAAAUGUCUACAAAGGGUAUCUCCAAGAUGGGACUGUUGUAGCUGUAAAAAGGCUCAAAGAUGGAAAUGCCAUCGGAGGUGAAAUCCAAUUUCAGACUGAAGUUGAGAUGAUCAGCUUGGCAGUUCAUCGAAACCUCCUCCGACUCAUUGGAUUUUGUAUGACAGCAACAGAACGGCUUUUGGUUUAUCCCUACAUGUCAAAUGGCAGCGUUGCUUCACGUCUCAAAGGCAAGCCAGCCUUGGACUGGAGUACCAGAAAAAGAAUUGCCUUGGGAGCUGCAAGAGGUUUACUAUACUUGCAUGAACAGUGUGAUCCCAAGAUAAUUCACAGGGAUGUGAAGGCUGCAAAUAUAUUGCUUGAUGAUUACUGUGAGGCUGUGGUAGGAGACUUUGGGUUAGCAAAAUUACUAGAUCACCAAGAAUCGCAUGUUACAACAGCCGUGCGAGGAACUGUGGGACACAUAGCCCCAGAGUAUCUAUCAACUGGCCAAUCCUCUGAAAAAACUGAUGUUUUUGGGUUUGGCAUUCUUCUACUUGAAUUGAUAUCUGGCCUAAGAGCCUUAGAAUUCGGGAAGUCGGCGAAUCAGAAAGGAGCUAUGCUUGAUUGGGUGACAAAAAUUCACCAGGAAAAGAAGCUGGAAAUGCUAGUAGACAAGGACCUAAAAAACAACUACGAUCGAAUUGAGCUCGAAGAGAUGGUUCAAGUAGCUCUCUUAUGUACACAAUACCUUCCAAUUCACAGACCAAAAAUGUCUGAAGUGGUUCGGAUGCUUGAAGGAGAUGGACUUGCAGAGAAAUGGGCAGCUUCUCAAAGAGCUGAAGCUACCAGGUCGAGGCCCUACGAGUUUUCUUCUUCAGGGAGAUACUCUGAUCUUACUGACGACUCUUCAUUGCUGGUUCAAGCAAUGGAACUCUCUGGACCAAGGUGACAUGAUGCUGCACAAAAGAAAACCAAUAACUGGGAUAAUGUUGAAAAGAAAGAGAAAAGAAAACGGUGACAGAAUCUGAGAAUAAGAGUGUAUCAAAACUAGUUUGUUGGAUGGUAGCAAUACACAGAACAUCCAAAGCUUUGUGUCAAAUAUCUGAUUGUACAGAUUCGAAUUAAAGAAACUGUAAAAUUGCUGUGGAGUGACAAUAGCAAUAGCUUGUUUUGUUCACAGGAA